AUGGCAUCACCCUGCCUUGGCCCACAGGCGUGCGGCCCCACGGCGCGGAGGGCCUGUGGGGUCAACAUGGAGCUGCAGGGGUUCUGCUUCCUCCUGCCUGCAGGGAACACCCUGCCUGCCACCCUGCCAGGGGCCACCCUCAUCCUUCGCGUCCUCCUUCCCUGGUGCAGGACGGACAUGUUCACCCCUGGCAAAGGGGCCCGAGAAGAUGCCAACAAGAUCCUCAUUGUGAUCACAGACGGGAGGAAGUAUGACGACAAGAUGGAGUACUCACAAGUCAUCCCGUUGGCCAACAAGAUGGGGGUCACCCGCUACGCCAUCGGGCCAUCUGUGGACGGUUCAGGCAGCAUCGCGCCUUCUGACUUCGAGAGGAUGAAGACCUUCAUCACCCAGGUCAUGAGCCAGUUUGAGAGCACUGACACCCGUUUUGCCCUCAUGCAGUUCUCCAGUACAUCCACCCUCCAUUUUGACUUCGCCACCUUCGCCCGGUUGUCCCCGGCGGAGCGGGUAAAGGAGGUCCACAGCAUCACGCAGAGCAGAGGGACCACCUGCACGGCCAGUGCUAUCCAGACUGCGGUGAGGCAACUGUUCACCCGGAAUGGAGCCCGGGAAGAUGCCCACAGGAUCCUCAUCGUGGUGACGGAUGGGCAGAAGUUUGGGGACGUGCUGGAGUACAGAGAGGUCAUCCCCGAAGCGGUGCACGCGGGGAUCAUCCGCUAUGCCAUUGGGGUGAGCUACGCGGCCGAGUCCCUGUCCCUGGAGGGCAGGCGGGCGCUGGCGCUGGGGGCCCCCCGCUACCGCCGCAUCCGCCGCGACGAGGAGCGGGGGGCCGUCUACGUCUUCCGCGGGAAGCGGGGCGGCGUCGCCUCCCAGUACAGCCAGGUCACGGGUGCCUGCUGGGUGACAGAGAGGUCCCGGGUGCUGGAGAGGUCCCGGGUGGUGGAGAUGUUCUGGGUGGUGGAGAUGUUUCGGGUGGUGGGGGCAUCUUGGGUGCUGGAGAGGUCCUGGGUGCUGGGGACGUGCCGUGUGGUGGAGAUAGCCCGCUCGGGCGAGAUGUUUCGGGUGGUGGGGGCAUCUUGGGUGCUGGAGAGGUCCUGGGUGCUGGGGACGUGCCGGGUGGUGGAGAUGUUCUGGGUGGUGGAGAUGUUCUGGGUGGUGGAGAUGUUCUGGGUGGUGGAGAUGUUCUGGGUGGUGGAGAUGUUCUGGGUGGUGGAGAUGUUCUGGGUGGUGGAGAUGUUCUGGGUGGUGGAGAUGUUCUGGGUGGUGGAGAUGUUCUGGGUGGUGGAGGCAUCUCGGGUGGUGGGGGCAUCUUGGGCGGUGGAGAGGUCCUGGGUGCUGGACACACGUUGGGUGCUGAAGAUAUCUUGGGUGCCGGAGGGGUCUUGGGUGCUGGAGGCGUGCCGGGUGGUGAAGGUGUCUCGCGUGCUGGAGGUGCUCCAGGUGCCCAAGGUGUCCUGGGUGCCGGAGACGCUCCAGCUCCUGAAGAUGUCCCAGCGCAUCUCAGGUGCCCAGUUCUCCAGCGGGCCACGCUAUUUUGGGCAGGCCAUCAGCGGUGGCCAGGACCUGACCGGGGACAGGCUGCCGGACGUGGCCGUGGGCGCCCAGGGACAGGUUCUGCUGCUGAGGUCCCAGCCGCUGCUCAAGGUCCGCGUCACGGUGGCUUUCCAGCCCCCGGAGAUCCCCACGGCCGCCUUUGAUUGUCAGGAGGAGGAAGCGCUCAGGGGGGAAGUGGCCAAGGCUAAGAUCUGCUUCCUCAGCACCAAGAAAACCCCUGACAACUUUGGCAGCCAACUUUCCACCACCCUCCGGUACCAGGCGGCCCUGGACCCCGGCCGGGCAAUGGUCCGGGCCGUCUUUGCCGGCAGCGCCACCAUCCACAAUGGGACCCUCCGACUGGGCGUCGGACAGCGGUGCGAGACCUUCGCCAUCGCCUUCGCGGGCUGCCCGCGGGACACGCUGACCCCCCUGGUGCUGCGCCUCACCUACGAUGCCGCUGGGGACCCCAUCCCGGUGGCCGGGGGCCUGCGGCCAGCCUUGAGCGAGGACUCGGAGAUGGUGGCCGUGGGCACGCUGCCCUUCAAGAAGGACUGUGGUGCCGACAACAUCUGCGUAGACGACCUCCAGAUCUCCUUCAGCUUCUCGGGGCUGGAAACCGUCGUGGUGGGGGUGACCGACGUGGUGGACAUCACCGUCACCCUCCGCAACCGCGGGGAGGACUCGUACGGGGCCACCGUCCAGCUGCAGCACGCCGAGGCCCUCUCCUACCGCAAGGCUGCCGUGCUCCAGUCCUCCAGGAGGUCCACGUCCCUGCACUGCAACUCGCAGCCGGCGGAGGGACCACGGCGCAGCACCCUCUGCCUCGUCAACCACCCCAUCUUCCGCCCCGGUGCUGAGGUCGUCUUCACCGUCACCCUGGACGUGCCCCACAGCGCGGAGCUGGGGGGCUUGUUGGAGGUGGUGGCCAAUGCCAGCAGUGACAACAGAUCGCCGGGUGGCCGGGGGCAGCGCGCCGAGAUCCCGGUGAAGUACGGCGUCUUCCUCGUCCUCACCAGGUAG